CGCUCCACUCCGUUGCUAAGGAACGCACCUGCUGCUUGGUAAGCGACUGACUGUGGACUUCUCACGCUGCAGAACUAUCGCUAACUAGCUUAUCUGACUCCUUUUGUCAUUUAAAACUGUGCAAUAACUGCCUCAUAUUCAUGGAGAAUGCGCACAGGACGAAUGUUUUGGUCACGUCGUGUCUGAAAACGCCGGUGGACCCGCACACCAAAGCGCCGUUAGCUUCGUACGAGCGGGAGAGAGUGCUGCCUUACACGGCUACGGGUCAUGUGGACAACCGGCACUACGAGAAGGAGCUGGAGUACGAGGACUCAGGAUCAGAUUUCUGUGAUGAGGAGUAUCUGGGAAAGGGUUCCCCCGUCAAGAUUAAUGACCUCCCAGCAUCAAGAGAUCGGUUCAAUCUCAGUGAAAUCUUCUUUUCCAAUGAGGAGUACUACAGUAAGCUAGAGGAGCUGAAGAAAGCCCACCUCCGCACCAUGGCUGAGCUGGAGAGCAUGUACCGCCGUAAGCUGGAACUCAAGACCGUGGAGCCGUCGGACAUGACGAAUCUUGAGGCCAGGCAGAGACUGCAGUGGGCACAUAGCAGCCCAGCAGCCUCACGGCAUCUGAGGAAGGCCCACUCUGCUGUAGAGCUCAGGAUUGGCUCUGGACAGUCAGACUCAUCCGAUGAGGAUGCUGAUGCUGCCAGUAGUUAUGUAGAGAAAGGCCUGCUUUUCUCUCCCAAAGAACACAUCAAGAACAUGUGGCUGGAUUUCAAGUUGUCCCCUCACGGCCGUCAUAUGUCGUCCUCUUCAUUACACAGCCUGCCUGGGGACCAGACAAGGCCAGGAAAGGGAAGGUCCAACAAGAGGCAUGGCCAUAAAGACUGUGACCAGGAGCCGUGGAAACACAGGAUCACUAUUCCCAAACCCUUCCAGAUGACGCUACGUGAAGCAGAGAAAAGGAAGCACGGGAUAAAGACACGUUCAGAGAUUGAAAUGGAGAAUGCAGAGCUGCGACGGCAGUUAGAGGAGCUCACAGAAUGCCAGAGGAAGUUUAGGGCGAGUCCUGUACCAGCACAUGUCCAUCUCCCACUUUAUGAAGAGCUGCAGGAGCGGAAUGAGGAGCGACGGAAAACCAUGCGCGACCGUGAAGCAUAUCACCCUCAAACUGUCCCGAAACCGUUCAGCUUCCUGGAGAGGGAGCGAUUGAAGAAGGAGCAGAAACAGCAACAGGACCGGUCCUCAGAGCAGGAGAAAGUCAAGCCAUUUAAAGCCAAAUCUGUGCCCAAGUCUGUGUACGCAGCGGCAUCUGGGGAACAUAUGAAGGAGGAGCAGCUGUAUCGGUCCAUCAAGAUACAGAUGAGAGCACAGGAGAUGCUUCUCAGUUCUUCAAUGCCUCCCAGCAUGCUCGCACGGCGACUCAGCGACCGCAAGAAGACCAAAGAUGGAGGGAACAGUGAUUUCUCCCACAGGCCACAGAUAAACAAGGAGGUGCCUGAUUUUGAUGCCAGUUACAGACGUUUCAAGAAGCAUCUGGAGAAACGAAAGGAGGUGAAACCAACAACAGCGUGUGAGCCCUUCAACCUAAAGACAUCACAUAUCCCUUCUCACCGUGAACGGAUCCUGGCUGAUAUUGAGAAGGAGCAGAGCAGCCCACGUGCACGGCGCUGGCCAUACAUCGGUCCAGAGCCAGUUCGGACCCCAAAUUCAAGUCUGUGUUCGUCACUCUCUGGCAGCCUGGAACUCCUUCCGGCCAAAACCACUGACGCCACUAAAAAGCGCCAUGAGGCUGUGAGAAAGGUGCUCGAGCAGAGGAGGAAGACAGAGGAGGAGGAGGAGCAGUGGAAGGAGAGACAGAAGCAUAGGGAGAAGAAGCUGCAGGGUGUGGUGCUGAAACGAGCCCAGGCCAAUGACCCCCACCUGGCUUUGGCAGAGACAAACCACACAAAACUCAAAGAAUUUAGGAAACAGGACAUUCAGCGCAGAAAGGAGUACCGGCAGGAGAUAAAAGAGAUGAAGCAGAGAGUGAAAGGGAGACCACUGCUGCUGGAGCAGGUUGCACAGAAGAACGCCAAACAGGCAGCAGAGAAACGAUACACUGAUGCUCUGCAUGGAUGUGCUGUGACAGAGGAGUUCAUCACCAGCAAAGCCGGAAAAUCAGCAUCAGCACGCAAAGCCUCACCUUCCAGUGACAGCAAACAAAGUGACCAAGAUGAAGCAGAUAUGGGAUAUAAACCAGUUCACAUCAGGAAAGUCUUCCUGGAUGAUGAUGGUGUGGAAGCAGAUCCAGACGAGAGGCAUGAGGACGCCAGCAGUCGGCGCUCAGAUGAGGAUGACCAUGACGAUAAUCAUCAUGAUUCAGAUGACAGUUACCACUACUCAGAUGAUCAUGAGAACUACUCUGGUGAAAGUGAACAUGAAGGUGACUCAAGGCAGCAGGAAACAGAAGAAUAAUGUCAUCUCUUAGGAGGAAGCUUCAUUUUGCUGGAACGUUUCAAUGUUGGACUGUAAAUAUGUUGAAUUUUUUAUGAUUAUGUGGAAUAAAUGUUCAGCUGAAUGUCUGUAAUUCACUGUACAUAUCAAUACGAAACACUGCAUGACAUGACAGGACUGCAUGACUGGAAAAAGUAAUUUAUCAGUAGAUUAUUUUGUUCUUAGAUGGGCAAAUCUGCAUCUGAAUCUGCAUCAGUUUUUGUUUUGUUUUUUUUCCCAUGUGUUUCAGAGGUACAUUAAAGAACCAUUAUAAGCAUUUUAUACUUUUGAAGGACUUAAACUAAUAAACAAAUCAUAUUUUUGCAGGGUCAGUUUGUAUUACUGACAAUAUUGAUGUCACAUUGAUGUGUCUUUUUUGUUUUUAUUUAAACAAAUAGUCAGACGUGAAGAAGAGGAAUAAAAUCCUCACAUGAGAAGCUGCAACCAAAUAUCUAUGUAUCUACAGUAUAAUUGAUCCAAAUUAUAUCAAAGUAUGAUGUGAAUAUCAGAUGGAAUGUGUUUGUGGAAAUUAGAAGACAUAAAAACUCAAAACACUUGAUAAAUAUUUGUUACCUACUUAUAUUAAAUAUUCAUUUUAGUCACUGACUGAUAGUGAUUGUGUCAUCACUAAUAAACCAUAUAUCAAAAGUU